GUCCGAGGUGGUAAGGGCCGGGGAGAGCUCCCUGGGACUCCGACCUGGCCACGUUGACCGAAAGGAACCAGUCUGUUCUCUGCCCUCCAGAGCUGCCACGCGUGGAGGACCCUGGGAUGAGGGGUCCCCGCCCCCGCAAAGCCCACCCCACUGAGCUCUAGACUUCGGGGAUGGCGGUCAGUGGCUAGGCCGCAGGUGGGAUUUAUCCAUUCAUCUGUCUGUUAAUCCGUUUUCUUUCUUCAUUCACAAAUCUCUCACUCGCUUCUACUCUAUGCCUGGCCCAUCGGUAGGUUCUCUGGGUGAAUCUGAUAGACCCAGCACUCCAGGAGUUUAGUCUAGUGGAAUCUAGAAUCUAGUCUAGAGACUAUUAAAUAGAUAAUAACGCUCAAAGUGUUUCCUGCAAUGAUGGUGGCUUAGUAGAUACCUUCAGAGCCCAGAGGGAGAAGAAAGUGACAGGUAGGGGGAGCAGCACAGCCUGCAAGUAAUGAAAGGCACUGCCGUGUUGGAGGAACAGUAAAAAGCCCAAUACUGCAAGACAUUGUGGAGGAUACCAUGAAGCAGCUGCCAGUAUUGGAGCCUGGAGACAAGCCAAGGAAAGCAACAUGGUACACCUUGACUCCCCCUGGAGACAGCCCCUGUGCUCGAGUUGGCCACAGCUGCUCAUAUCUACCCCCUGUUGGUGACUCCAAGAGAGGGAAGAUCUUCAUUGUUGGGGGAGCAAACCCAAACAGAAGCUUCUCAGAUGUGCACACCAUGGAUCUGGGCACACACCAGUGGGAUUUAGCCACCUCAGAGGGCCUCUUGCCCCGGUAUGAGCAUGCCAGCUUCGUCCCCUCCUGCACACCUGACAGUAUCUGGGUAUUUGGAGGAGCCAACCAGUCAGGAAAUCGAAAUUGUCUACAAGUCCUGAAUCCUGAAACCAGGAUGUGGACCACGCCAGAAGUGACCAGUCCCCCACCAUCUCCAAGAACAUUCCACACAUCAUCGGCAGCCAUUGGAAACCAGCUAUAUGUCUUUGGGGGUGGAGAGAGAGGCGCCCAGCCCGUGCAGGAUGUGAAGCUGCAUGUGUUUGACGCGAAGACUCUGACCUGGUCACAGCCAGAAACACUUGGAAAUCCUCCAUCCCCCCGGCAUGGUCAUGUGAUGGUGGCAGCAGGGACAAAGCUCUUCAUCCAUGGAGGCUUAGCAAGGGAAACAUUCUAUGACGAUCUCCAUUGCAUUGAUAUAAGUGAUAUGAGGUGGCAGAAGCUAAGUCCCACUGGGGCUGCUCCUGAAGGCUGUGCUGCCCACUCAGCUGUGGCUGUGGGGAAACACUUGUACAUCUUUGGUGGAAUGACUCCCACUGGAGCACUAGACACAAUGUACCAAUAUCAAAUAGAAAAGCAGCAUUGGACCUUGCUUAAAUUUGAUACUUUCCUACCCCCUGGACGACUGGACCAUUCCAUGUGUAUCAUUCCAUGGCCAGUGACAUCUACUUCUGAGAAAGAGGAUUCAAAUUCUGUCACUCUAAACUGUGGAGCUGAGAAAGGGGAUUCCACUGUCAAUGGAGUGACCCAAGGCGGUGACUCACAUGAGGAAAGUCAGACUGACCCAUUGCUCUGUUUUGUGUUUGGUGGAAUGAAUACAGAAGGGGAAAUCUAUAAUGAUUGUAUUGUGACUGUAGUUGACUAAUAAAACCCACAUUUGUAUUACUUCAGAAAAG